GCUUAAACUAAGCAAAAAGAGCAGGGAAAAAAUUUCAUAUGCAACGACCUGAGAUUAUUUCUUCUGCCGUCCUCGAGGCUUCCUUUCUCUUUCGCUUACCAGAGCAACAGGAGCUAAAGUCUGAGUUGAUUCCAUAUCUCACCUCAAAGGAAACACGUGAUGUUGUAUUUUUGUCCUGUUUGAAACAUGCUGAAGAAGAGGCAAGACGGAGAGAAUUCGGGCUCUUGAUGCUACACACUAUACCUAGUUUUCCACCCUCAAAAAAAAUCCUGGAAAAGGUGCUGGCGAGUUGCGAAAUUUUUAUGUUGAAGAAAACACCGUAUUCUCACAUAUACAAGGAACUUCAAGCCCUUGUGGAAUCAUAUCAUAACCAUGUUGCCCUUCAGUGUUUACCGGGUGCACCAACGAAUACUCAGAAAACAUUACCCAAUGUAUGGCCAACACCAGCGUACAUUAUUAAAUUUUCAAUGCAGUGCUCAGUAGAUCACCAUAAGAAGAAGCUCAAGCUUGUCGAGUUCCCUGCAGAAAACAGCGAGGCUGUUGAAAUCCGACCAAGCCCGUUACCUUUUGAAAGUAAGAUUAACAAUACUAGUGCAAAUUGUAAGGAUUACGUUUACCAAUUCCCACUUGUAUGCACUGAUGAAUUUAUUGGCCAGCAGGUUGGUCUUCUCUCGCACUUCUGGGAUCACUUUCGAAGUAAUACGACGGUUAUCAAAGCGACAGGCAUUUUAAUCAAGCAAAUCUGUGAUGGGUAUGUUUCCAAGCUACCAUUUGGGCCUCCCUAUUCUCUUCUUCGGAUGGUGAGUGUGUGCUACUUGCCCACUUUGUUCGAAUGGAUGGAAAGUGAUUAUUUUUGUGUCCGAAAUAACGUUUACGACCUUUUGCUGACUCUGGGGAUGCAUCUCCAACUUGUUGAUACGAAGGGAGCAGUGUAUCCAGGGUGCACUGAAGCGUUGCAGAGAGAGUUAAUCUGGAUCCUUCUUAACGUGGUGAGUCGCCAAACACUUCUCAAGCCUUACGAUGACACCACUUGGGAGGUUGCCGCGAAAUGUGUCUUAGCGAUUGUUCCAAACUCUCAGAGGCAUCUCAUUGAUUGCCGUGCGCUCCUCCAAUUUUUACGUAUUCCCCAGUUAGCAUCACAUAAUCCAAAAGUUUUUGGAACAUUGGCUGAGUCCUUCGCUAAAAGUUUACUCUGCCAAUAUGAGACAGGCGAAGGCCAAUACUUCGUUCUGAACGAAAAUGAGUUUAACAAACUUGGCAGCGACGCUUUACAAAGUAUUCUUGCCCUAUAUCGCAAAUCCAGCACAGUCGGAGCAAGGGAGGCAUUCUUUAGGAUUCUCUUUGCUUGUGCAGUGUAUCGUGUGCAAAGAAUACGGGGCUAUGAAAUAUCAUCGCAUCAAUUGCAGCAAUGCUACAACGCAUUUAUUUCGCUAGACCUCUUUUGGUAUUUUUAUUCUUUCCUAUUUUAUAAAUCGCAUCAAGUGUCGCACCAAUUCGCCACGCAACUUACCUAUGAUCUGGAGUAUGCGGAUUUCAGCGAGAUCUAUGCACUCAUUGUGAAAAUUAUGCAGUGCCUACUAGAGAUGGCUGAAGAAGAUUCGGCGUUGCCAAGCACAGUUCUCAAUAUCAUUCUUCAGGCUGAAAGCAGUGGGAAAAAUGCACCUCAACGUACUAUUGAAGAUAUCACGAUGACAGUUCCAUCCCUCCUAAGAGAAGAGUCAAGUGUAAGAAUGUACAAUGUACUUUGGCGUCUUUCGCUUUAUUGCAUCCGCUAUAGUCAUGCGAAAUUGUCUCAAGGGACUUGUAGUAAGCUAAUCACAAACUUUUCACACAAUUUGUGUUCUUUUUCAGGUGCCACCAAUGAGAGAGAGAGAGUCUUUAUUAGCAGGGUGUGUCCCGAUUUGAUAACUUCACUCGUGUUUCUUGGACGCACUAAACCAAAUCAUGCGCUUAUCAUGCUUAACAAUCUUCUGGAAGAACUUUUGUUUACAUCUGGUGUAAAAUGUAGCUUUAAUAUGCUCCUUACUCUCACUACUAGAUUGAUUGAAGUCAUUGCCGUUCGCAACAGUCCACUUCACAGAGCUGCUGAUACAACUGAUCUUUUACAUCUUCUGUGUGAUGGGUUUCUCGUGGUGCCAGUUUUGUCGGCAAAGUCGCUUGGACCGAGGAUCCUUUGGGGACUUUACCGCCUUCUUUGUGCUGAUAAUUCCACUGCGGCCUGUAAUAUUCGUUACCUGCUUGUUUGCAUUAUUGUCGCCGUAGAAGGCGACACUAUGUCGUCGUGUAAAACUUCAUGGCUUAGUGUUAGCCAAGAUUCAAAUCAAAGGGUGUCACAGAUAGGGAAAAAGAUGGCAGCAAGUAACCCUUCAAAACAGCGGCUUUCUGGAGUGGAAAAAAAAUGGAAAUGA